UAAUAGGUGUAUCCAACGUGUCAACACUUAUGCGAUCCGAAAAGCGGGAAGUAGUACUGAACGAACAUGAUCACCACAUGGGCACUGCGUUGUUGGCCGCACAGAGAAGCAGAGAUCCAGCUUGUCAAGUUGGUGCUUGCAUUGUUAAUGCAAAAGGAAACAUUGUUAGUGUAGGUUUUAAUAGUUUUCCAAAUGGUUGCAGUGAUGAUGAGUUUCCUUGGGGCAAAACUAGCAUAAACCCACUUGAAACAAAAUUCUUUUACGUGUGUCACGCCGAAAUGAAUGCCAUUAUGGGACGAACAUGUAGGGAUUUAAAAGGAUGUACGAUUUACGUGACGCGAUUUCCUUGUAAUGAAUGUGCCAAAUUAAUAAUACAAUCGGAAAUCGGGAAAGUGUGGUAUCUGACUGAAUAUGAUGAUGAUGAGACGACGGCCGCAAAAAGGAUGUUUGACGCAGCUAAUGUUUCAUACAAGCAAUAUACAUCGAAUCAAAGCAAAAUUGAAAUUCAUUUAAGUAACGGUAUUAAUUAAAUGCGUAUAUUUAUUCAAAAUAAUAUAUUAUAAAAUAUUCGGAAUAUAAUUUCUCGAAUAAAACGUUAUUGAUAUUA